AUGAACCAGGGGUCCAGCUCCGCUAUGCUGCGGGAGGAGGAGGAGUAUCUAGGUAGGAGAAUUCGGAUCAUGGAGCGACGACGGGAUUUGGCAACGGUUGAAGGGUGGGGCGAGCAAGGCGAAGAACUCAGAGUAGUCAAGCUUGGGGCCCGUGAAAGAGCAAAGCAAAGCAGCCCACUUCCUGCCCUGUUCCCACCCCACCCCCCUCCUUCUCUCCUUCCCCUUGCUGUUGCUCUCGCUCUUGCUCUUGCUGUUGCUCUCGCUCUUGCUCUUGCUGUUGCUCUUGCUGUUGCUCCUCCUCCCCGCUACCUGCUCCUGCUCCUGCUCGUCCACCACAGGCUGUCAAUUGCUUUCCUGUCACACCCCCUCCUUCUCAAUUCCUCGACUUCAUCCUCCCCCUCCUCUUUCCUCCGCCAUGCAAGUCCUCCACCCGAUUGUCUCGACUCGAAUCUUGCCUGGUUCUGCAUCCACGCCCCCUGCCUCGUUCUCAUCCUCCUGCCCUCCUUUUCCCCUUCUUCUUCCAUCCCCCUCUUCCCACAGACCCUGGGGUCAACCAAGCCAAUCCAAUCCACUAGACACACUCGAUCCCCCAUCGAGUCAUUGAUCUCUUCCACCAACGCCAACCAAUUGUCGGCUCUUGACAUCGUCGGCGGGUCGACUUGCCGACCUUUUCCCCUACCUUACACUGACCCCCCGAGCUUUGAGGUUACCCUCCUGCCAUUGGAAGAUGACGCCGUAGCCCGGUGGUACCUUGAAUGA